GUCAAUUCCUGGUUCUCACAUCUGAGGCUUUUGAUCUGCAGCACUCUUCGAUCAAUCGGGCGAUCCAGUGUUGCAUUCUGGCGAUCUCACCCAACAUUGUCGCAGUCCGAGAAAUACGUGGAUGAUUCCCGGCACCUUACGUCCAACCUCAACCGAUGAGAGAAACGCGAUGGCAUCAACUACCUAUUUCGGCCGCGCCGAGCGCGACGGCUGUCAUCUUGGCGCGGAUUUCGAUCUUCUUGCCAAAUGGGCUCGUGCCUGCUCUCUCGACCAUCCGGUUCACUCGUACUACCUAACGCAGCUCUCCAACAAGGAUCGGGCGCAACUGUUCACCGGCCCUGCCAAAGAAUUUCAUCUGAAACAGGGCCCGGACAACACGGUUAAACUCGAGACACUUCAAGACGAAGUGAAUCGUCUUGACCCUGAAGUCAUCGAUAUGAUUCGAUCAACCAACUACCGGCGAUCAGAAGCACGCCUCCUUGAAUUAUUAAACGAGAUUGAGGACGCACAACCCAAGGCGGACAGCGCGGCAGCUCUGGUUCUCUCGAAAGCGCUUUCGCGGGGAGUGGAUCCCUUGACUGCUGAGAAAGCUGCAAAUCAACUGUCCGACAAGAUUCUGGACUACGCGGGUCACAAAGUCAAAGCUCGCUGGAAGGCUGCAAGGGACGAACGGCUGAUGGGCUUCAACGACCAGACUCCGGGCUCGCCCAAGCAGGUCAACCCCACGCCCAAGAACGGUUCUUUCAACAACGCGGUAGAUGAAUCAAACACCAGCGACACGGGUGAUUCGAGUAUUGGUAAACGCUCGACCAGAAGGAAGCGAGUGAAGGGCGUGGCCCUCAACACCUCUUUUCGCCGAUUCGUCAAUCCCACUUUGGCAGAUCAUCUGUUAAGCAAGCCGGCUGCUAAUAAUGCUGAUGGAAACACCGCGUUCAAUACUCACCCUGGCGACGUUGGAGAUAACCACAGCGCUCCUCAGCAGAAAAUUGCUGCCGAGUCUAUAUCACCCAACAGCUCCCUCCCGGAUUAUGGUAGUGAAACAUCUGCCGAUUCCGCUUAUUGGAACAGUCCGCCUUGUUCUGCUGGCGAGAGCCCGUCCUCGCCGGACAUUGAUUCUGAGACUGCUUUUUUCGAAGAAGCAGAUGGUGGUGUCACGCUUCUUCCCACUAGCCUUGCCGAGGAGCUGGGUUUCAAGGAUGAAUCCGGUGUUGCGACUCCGAUCCCUGCGUUACGUUUCGAUCGCUUCGGCAAUGGAGCCUCGAGCGGCCACCUUGGCGCUGGCCUGGAUCAAGCUUUCAUUGCUGUUCCAUCCAGUUUUAAUGGUUUGCCGGCCUCUAACACUCUUGUCAAUGCGUCCAACCUUUCGGCUGCAGUUGGUCCGUUGAGCGCACACACCGCUCAGGUUAUCGACACUGCUGUCCGACACAACAUCAAGGUCGAAGCUUCGUCUUGUCCGUUCUUGCCAAACUCCAAGAUCAAAGACAAGUACCCGCUGGCCAAAGAACAGCCUUGGAUGGGUUUUAGGUGCUACGAAGUUAAUACCAAUCUGGGCAAUAACCAGCUGGUUCCCAAGUACUGGACCACCAAACGUGGGAAGGAGCGCUACCUUCGCCAUAAGAUUGGCGACCUGAAGCUGGACGACGCCAAGCUGCGCUCCGAUCGUAUUUUGGGCACUGUCGCUCGUAACCCCAUACACAUUUUCAUCGAUCUUUCCAACAUCAUCAUCGGUUUCUACGACAGCAUGAAGGAGAGCCGCGGUCUCUCCAUCAACAAGCGAGUCAUGGCCCCAGCAUUCUCGUUCAAGAAUUUUGACACGAUCCUCACCCGCGACCGAAAUGUUGCCAAGAGGAUCGUGGCAGGUUCUUUGACCAACUCGUACAACAAGCGUUGGCCUGGAUACAUGAUUCAGGCUCAAGAGCUGAAGUACGAGAUGAAUAUCCUCGAGCGCGUUCCCAAGCCUGCUUCUUCGCCUGUGCGCAAGCGCAAACCGAAGGCUGGACCCCGUGACGCGGAUGCUUCUACGUCUGGACAUGACACUUCAGGCGAGGAGUGUUUUUUCGGGCCAAUGAAACAUGGUGAGCAGGGUGUUGACGAGCUCCUUCACCUAAAGAUACUCCAGAGCGCCAUGGAUACUCCCAGCCCUGCGACCAUGGUUCUCGCUACUGGCGAUGCUGCCUCAGCGCAGUACUCUGAUGGUUUCAAGAAGAACAUCGAGCGGGUGCUUGCGCUCGGCUGGAACAUUGAACUGUACGGCUGGAGCCGCAACAUCUCGUCAGCUUGGCGUGAACCUGAUUUUGCCGAGAAAUGGGAACACCAGUUCAAGAUCAUUGAGCUCGACGAGUUCUGCGAGGAGCUUUUUGACAUGACCAUCGAGUCAUUGGAGCAGUAAGCUCCCUCCUUUGCGGUUGUCGCAGCGACAGAUCUGGAGCUGCUAUCCGGCUUGCUGCUCUCUCUCAUGGGGAAUGUUUUGACG